CAAGCAGGAACCAGAGAAGGGGAGGUACACAAACCCAAGAUGGCGUCCCGCGAUGAAGCAGGAAAUAUAUUUCGCUUUCAAUAAUAUUCGCGACUGGAGAGGUUUGUUUGGAAGUUGUAUGUUUGAAGAAGGCUGAAACGGAUUUACUGGCGACUAAAGACAGAGCAGAUACUCUAAAUGGCUGCGAGGAAGUCUGGAUCAGAUCUCCACAACAAUGGACCUGUCAGCUACCUUGAUGAUGUUCCUUUCAAGCUCAAUGAGAAGUUUCGCUGCCCGGCAAAAGUGGGUCUGCCCAUUGGCUUCUGUCUGCCCGACUGUAACGCUUUGCUAUCGGAGAUGCAGUAUGACUUCGGUCUAGAGAAGCUGAGUGUGCGCUGGGGGGACGAAGUGGCCAAGGCGCGAGCUGCUGAGGCUCAGGAAGCCGAAUCCAGCCGGGCAGAAAGCGAAAAAGACAGACAGGCUGCCGUACAGGACAGUGAUGCUGGCUUGGCUGGUGGAAAGAAAGCCCGUCCCGCUGAGGAGCAGGACCUCCUCCCACCGGCGCUGAACCCGGUCCUGGCAGGUCUACGGCACAACGCUAUCCUGACCCCGCUCCCGGCCCCGAGCUUCGGUCCAGCACAACCAGUAGCCAGCAACCCUGCACCUCAGAGCCUCAAUCUAGCCGACUUUGAGCGGGAGGAGGACCCCUUCGACAAGCUGGAGCUGAAAACUCUGGAUGACAAAGAGGAGCUCCGGAGCAUCCUCCAGAGCCAGCCGCAGACAUCAGUGUCUGUCUCGACUCCUGAAAGCACUGGUGCAGAAGACAGUGGUGCACCACCUCAGCAGGCCAAAGUGGGUAUCUUCCAUAAACCCAACGGCCUGGUGGGACUGCUGGACUUGGAGCAAGCAGGUGUUGGUGGUGUGGUAACCUCCAGGGGACAGAUCGAUGCUGAACGCCCCUGUAACAUUCGCUCACUGACUUUUCCCAAGCUGUCGGACCCAGGAGAUUCCCCCUCAGACCCUCCCUUCGCUAUAUAUCCAGCAGCCCCACAACGAAGCUUACCCAAUGGUACUCUACUAUCCCUGCUGAGAUCCACACCACAUACCAGUUCUACACUACCUGUAGAGUUACCAGGCCAUGCACCAAAUGGCGCACCAAAUGGCACACCAAAGCAGUCGAUCCCUGCGGCUGGUCCUCCCUCGUACCCGGCACCUGUGAGUGGAGCCCUGGUCAGUCUCUCUCCCAGCGAGCGUCAGUGUGUGGAGACGGUAGUAGGCAUGGGCUACUCUUACGAAGGCGUCCUCAAAGCCAUGCAGAGACAAGGGCAGAACGUCGAACAGGUGCUGGAGUAUCUUUUUGUCCACAGUCGACUGUGUGAGCGAGGCUUUGACGCCACAGCGGUGGAAGAAUGUUUGGAAAUGUACCAGUGCUCAGAGGAAAAGGCUCUGCAGUUUCUCCAGUUGAUGUCUCGGUUCAGUGAGAUGGGCUUUGAGAGAGACACCAUUAAAGAGGUCCUUUUAGUGCACAAUAAUGACCAGGACAAAGCUCUGGAGGACUUAAUGGCUCGUGCGGCUGCAAGCUGAACCAGAGCAGUGUCUCCUCCUUGAUCCGCCCCUCCUUUACUCCUCAAUACUGCGUCCACUGAGAGAGAGAGAGAGAGAGAGAGAGAGAGAGAGAGAGGGAGAGGGAGAGAGGUAGGGGGGAGUGUGUGAGUAAGAGCAGCAGAGGAAGGAGUGUAGUGAGGGUGUCUGAGACCGGACAAGUGAACACAUAUCCCAUAAAAAAAAACAAACAAACAAAAAAAAAACCAUGCUCUUCAAGGUAGGGUUCGAUCGGACCAUUCAUCCGACCUCAGCUCUGACCCUAUUAAGUGAUCUUUGUGUGAUUGUGGGCAAGAGGACACUGAGCCGUCCUUCUUUCACCAUCACCGUAGAAACAGGCGGACGUGGGGCGGUGCCUAGGACACGGGCCUGAGAGGAGUGCAAGGGGAGCGCGAUUCCACAAGAAAUGGACUCACAGCUACAGCGCUGCUAUGUCUUUCAUAAGUCAUGAGAACUUAAUACUCGCUCGUACACAUGCCAUGUCUGACCAGAGACCUUGAAGUGCCCUUUCUGUUCUUGCUACCGCCUGGCUUUCAUUUGAUUUUCUUCCACCUGUCUCUGCUGUACAUCAUUUUAAUCAUAUGUUCAUCUGUUCAGCUGUUUAAAAAGCAAAAACAGCCGUUUUGUUAGAGAUCUGGUUUAUUUGCCCUCUGCUAUAGGAACUGCGUUAACCGAACUAAUGACCACAGUGCAUUGAGAGAAAUGAGACGAAAAACGUGAGAAUGGAAAACUGCAGCCGAACAGCUUUUACACUGGAAUGGAAAGAGAAACUGGUGUGUUCCUGGAAAUGCAAUAUUUAUGUGUGUCAAUGCUUCUUCGUACAAAUGACUUGCAAGGCUGAAAAGGCACAAAGAAUCACAGAUAUUAAUAUAAACGUAUUUAAAUUUGUUCAAGAUACACUGACACCUUCAAUCUGUAAUAAAGACUUGGAAAUUCUUUGCCAUUA